GAGAUCCCCAUUAGAGUUCCUUAGUUCCUCUCCGUCUUUCUCUUUCUAAAACCCUUUCUCUCUCUCUAAACGUUUCCUGAGUUUUAAUCGUUUCCUGAGUUUGAAUCCGCCAUGGCUCAUCAAGCAGAGUCCUCAGAUUCGAAGGGGACAAAGAGGGAUUUUAGCACUGCGAUCCUCGAAAGGAAGAAAGCAGCGAAUCGAUUGAUUGUGGAUGAAGCUAUCAAUGAUGACAAUUCGGUGGUUUCUAUGCACCCUGAUACAAUGGAGAAGUUGCAGCUCUUCAGAGGCGAUACAAUUCUCAUUAAGGGUAAGAAGAGGAGGGAUACAAUCUGCAUUGCUUUGGCUGACGAGACCUGUGAUGAGCCUAAGAUCAGGAUGAACAAAGUUGUGAGGUCCAAUCUUAGGGUUCGUCUUGGGGAUGUGGUUUCAGUGCACCAGUGCCCAGAUGUUAAGUAUGGGAAGCGUGUCCAUAUUCUACCAAUUGAUGAUACAAUUGAGGGCGUUACUGGAAAUCUAUUUGAUGCUUAUCUCAAACCUUAUUUCUUGGAGGCAUAUCGUCCAGUAAGGAAAGGAGAUCUUUUCCUUGUUAGGGGUGGUAUGAGGAGUGUGGAAUUCAAAGUGAUUGAGACCGACCCUGCAGAGUAUUGUGUGGUUUCUCCAGAUACUGAGAUCUUUUGUGAAGGGGAGCCUGUAAAAAGGGAGGAUGAGGAGAGACUUGAUGAAGUUGGUUAUGAUGAUGUUGGUGGUGUUAGGAAACAAAUGGCUCAGAUUAGGGAAUUGGUUGAGCUUCCUUUGAGGCAUCCACAACUAUUCAAAUCUAUUGGUGUGAAACCACCGAAGGGUAUCCUCCUUUAUGGGCCUCCUGGUUCAGGGAAAACCUUGAUAGCAAGGGCAGUCGCCAAUGAAACUGGUGCAUUCUUCUUCUGUAUCAAUGGGCCUGAGAUCAUGUCCAAACUAGCUGGGGAGAGUGAAAGCAAUCUUAGGAAGGCUUUUGAAGAAGCGGAGAAGAAUGCGCCAUCUAUAAUAUUCAUCGACGAGAUAGACUCCAUAGCUCCUAAGAGAGAGAAAACCCAUGGUGAAGUUGAGAGGAGAAUUGUUUCUCAGCUUCUUACACUUAUGGAUGGGCUAAAAUCUCGUGCUCAUGUUAUUGUCAUUGGAGCCACGAACAGGCCAAACAGUAUUGACCCUGCUCUGAGAAGGUUUGGAAGGUUUGAUAGGGAAAUUGACAUUGGUGUUCCUGAUGAAAUUGGGCGGCUUGAGGUGCUUCGCAUCCACACCAAGAACAUGAAGCUUGCUGAAGAUGUUGAUCUGGAGAGAAUCGCCAAGGAUACUCAUGGAUAUGUCGGAGCUGAUCUUGCAGCUUUGUGCACUGAGGCUGCUCUCCAAUGCAUUAGGGAGAAGAUGGAUAUAAUUGACUUGGAAGACGAAACCAUUGAUGCAGAAAUACUCAAUUCAAUGGCUGUUACUGAUGAGCACUUCAAGACUGCUCUCGGGACAAGCAACCCAUCUGCCCUUCGUGAAACAGUUGUUGAGGUACCCAAUGUGAGUUGGGAAGACAUUGGUGGUCUGGAGAACGUCAAGAGAGAGCUGCAAGAGACUGUUCAAUAUCCUGUGGAGCAUCCAGAGAAGUUUGAGAAGUUUGGAAUGUCACCUUCGAAGGGGGUUCUUUUCUAUGGACCUCCUGGCUGCGGUAAGACCCUACUUGCCAAGGCCAUUGCCAAUGAAUGCCAAGCCAACUUUAUUAGUGUCAAGGGUCCCGAGCUGCUUACGAUGUGGUUUGGAGAGAGUGAAGCUAAUGUGCGGGAAAUCUUUGACAAGGCCCGCCAGUCUGCCCCUUGUGUCCUCUUCUUUGAUGAGUUGGAUUCCAUUGCUACUCAGAGAGGGAGCAGCGUUGGAGAUGCUGGUGGUGCAGCAGACAGGGUGUUGAAUCAGCUUCUUACCGAAAUGGAUGGCAUGUCGGCCAAGAAAACUGUCUUUAUUAUUGGAGCAACCAAUCGGCCCGACAUCAUUGAUCCAGCCUUGUUGAGGCCAGGUCGUCUUGAUCAGUUGAUAUACAUUCCGUUACCAGAUGAGAGCUCACGCCUUCAAAUCUUCAAGGCCUGCCUCCGAAAAUCUCCAGUCUCUAAAGAUGUUGAUCUCAAUGCCCUUGCUAAGUACACUCAGGGCUUCAGUGGUGCUGAUAUUACUGAGAUUUGCCAACGUGCAUGCAAGUACGCAAUCCGGGAGAACAUCGAGAAGGAUCUAGAGAGAGAGAGGCGGAGGAGAGAGAACCCAGAGGCCAUGGAGGAGGAUGACACGGAAGAGGUGGCGGAGAUCAAGGCAUGCCACUUUGAAGAAUCGAUGAAGUAUGCUCGCCGCAGUGUGAGUGAUGCUGACAUUCGCAAGUACCAGACAUUUGCAUCCACACUCCAGCAAUCGCGGGGCUUUGGCAGCGAAUUCCGCUUCCCUGAGCGUCCUGAUGCCUCUACGGGGGUUUCUGGUGCUGAGGCAUUUGGCGUAUCGGGUGGUACCGUGGACGAAGAUGAUCUGUAUAAUUGAAGAGUAAAACCAAUUUCACACCCCAAUGCUUGCCACCAUGGGUUUUGGGGUUUGAGUGGUGGAGGUGGCGUGCUUACACAUUGAAAACAGUGUCUUUCAGUUUGUUUUUAGUUUAAUUUGCAACCUAAGAUGGUCUCAUGCCAGAGAUGAUAUGUACUUAGAAUGUUAUGCACUCUUUCUUUUUGGUUUGGUUUAUUAUUUUGCAAGCCAACAUGGAUCAUCGCAGGUCUUGGGACCGCUUAUAUUUAUAUGUGGAUGUCUUGACUUAACAUGCUAAAAUUGUGAUGCUUGGGAGUACUACGCCCAUUUGACAUAGCUUCUCAAAACCGGCCGGCCAUAUGAAAUAAAGCCCACUUUGAAA